CAUAUUCUCUCUUUUCGUCUCCCUCUUCGUCCCUUCCUCUCUAUUUUUCUUGUUAUAAUAUUAUAUAGCAUAAACUAUAAUUUACCAACACAAUAACCUAUCUCAAACCCAUAUUUUGUCUUCUUUCUAAACGCUUUGUAUACCCUUUCACUUUAUUUUCUUAGAAGAAAAUUAACAUGGUGGUGGCUUCCCCAAAUUCGAUCUUAGGGGAAAGGAUUAUACCUAUUGACCUACCAAUGAUAGACCUAUCAGCUGAAAAAUCAAUGGUAAUAAAACUCAUAGUAAAAGCUUGUGAAGAAUAUGGUUUCUUCAAUGUGAUUAACCAUGGUGUCCCUCAUGACAUCAUAUCCAAAAUGGAAGAAGUAGGUUUUGAUUUCUUUGCAAAACCAAUGGAACAAAAGAAACUAGUUGCACUUGGUAAUCCCUUUGGUUAUGGAUGCAAGAAUAUUGGGUUCAAUGGAGACAUGGGUGAGGUGGAAUAUCUUCUUCUCAAUGCCAAUGCUCCUUCUAUUCCUAAUGAUUCAUCAAACUUCAGCUCUAGUGUAAGUGCAUAUACAGAAGCUGUGAAGGAGCUGGCAUGUGAGAUAUUGGAGCUAAUGGCAGAAGGUUUGGGGGUCCCUGAUACAUCCAUUUUCAGCACAUUCAUCACUCAACUUGAUAAUGACUCACUCCUUAGGUUCAAUCACUACCCUCCUAAAGACUGCAAAGAUAGAGACAACUCUAAUUCCUACAACGUUGGCUUUGGAGAACAUUCUGACCCUCAGAUUCUUACUAUCCUUAGAUCCAACGAUGUUGCUGGUCUCCAAAUUUCACUUCAACAUGGUGUGUGGAACCCAGUUACUCCUGACCCAGCUGCUUUCUGUGUUAACGUUGGUGAUCUUCUUGAGGUUAUGACAAAUGGAAGAUUUGUAAGCGUGAGACAUAGGGCUGUGACCAACUCAUACAAGUCUAGAAUGUCGGUGGCAUAUUUUGGGGCUCCACCACUUGAUGCAUGCAUUGUUGCUCCCUCAGUUAUGGUUACACCAAACAGGCCCUCUCUUCUCUUCAAACCAUUCACUUGGGCAGAAUACAAGAAAGUCACUUACUCUCUAAGGCUUGGAGACAGCCGCAUUGACCUUUUCAAGAAUUGCACACAAAUAGAGUAAUAGGGCAUGAGGAGGUUAAAGUUUGUUUGGUAUCAAUACAAGAGUGUAAAGCUUUUUUAUGUUAUUUUGAUGGUGUCCUUCCUAGGUGGUAUAAACUUUGCCAAAAUGUGCCAACAAAUUUUGUAUUGUGUUGAAUGGAACUGUGAAAGUUUAUGACUUUGCAUGGAGAGGGAAAAGUUAUG